AAUCUCCUCAUCAUCCGCUCACUGCUUGACAACUCUUUCAUCCAAUCGAUUGUAGGUUUUGCGAACCAGGCCUUUGAUCUCUAUGCCCCCCGUCUAUUCAGCUACUAUGUCAACAUACUCAACUACCUAUGUGAAACUGACCCCAGGCUUGAGCGACACUUUGCAAAGUCUGUGUUUGCAUGUUAUGCUUUCAAUUUGGGAGGCAAGGUUCGAUCGUGGGUUCAUACUGACCAUUUGAACCUUGCUUUCGGAUGGUGUAGUGUUACAGCCUUGGGUAAUUUUGAUCCAAAGAAAGGUGGCCACUUAGUACUGUGGGACCUUAAGCUGGUGAUUGAGUUUCCUCCCGGUUCUACCAUAUUUUUACCAUCAGCUCUCCUACACCACUCAAACAUACCUGUACAGCCUGGAGAGGAAAGGCUAUCUUUUGUGCAAUGGACGGCUGGAGGAUUAUUUCGGUGGGUGGACUUUGGGUUCAAGCCUGCUGGGACAUUUGCCAAGGAAGUUGGCAAGAAGGCGGCUGAUGAAGCCAACAAGGCUCGGUGGCAGGAAGGUCUUAACUUACUGCCUCGAUUGUCCGAAGUCUCUUCAACGUCAUAG